GGGAGUGUAAGAAGCUCCAGAUUCCUGGACAAAGUGGAAUCACUUAUCUCCUUAGUCACUGUCCUCUCCCCUAACGUCUUCCUAACUGGCAGGGGUGAUUCAGGGGUGACUCGGGCAUCCUACACACCCCGGAUUUUCUGGAAAUGGCAAGGGGCAAUGUGUUGCAUCCCCUGGGCACACAAACAAGUGGUAAGGGAGGGGAAAGGUUACAGGGGACCUGGCCACGGAGGGACUUCACUCCCCCAGUCCAGCCAAGGAGAGAGAGGCGCUGGGGGGUCUGUGAAGGGUCUGGGAGUGUGAGGGCUGGAGCUGCCUGGCUCCUCCUCCUGCCUCUACUCCAUCUCCAGCUGAGCUCUGCAGCCUGGCCCUGGGCCAGCAGCAGGCUCAGCAGGUCCCAGGGGCGUGGUGGUGACCAGUGGUGGAACCAGCGUACAUCAGCCAGGCAAUCAGGAAGGCAGCACAGUUCAUGAGGACGGCUGAGCUCGUGGCAGUCAGAGCGCAGUCAGUGCGGCCAUGAGCCCUCUGUUGUACUAUGCCCUGCCCGCCCUGGGCAGCUAUGUCAUGGUCUCCAUCUUCUUCCUGCGACGGCCUCGCCUGCUGCACACACCUUGGGCUCCUACCUUCUGCCCCCGCCUGGCGGCCCACCGCGGAGGAUCUGGAGAGAAGCUGGAGAACACCAUGGAGGCCAUGGAAAACUCCAUGGCCCAGCGGGCAGACCUCCUAGAGCUCGACUGCCAGCUGACUCGGGACGGCGUGGUGGUGGUGUCGCACGACGACAACCUGUACCGCCAGUCAGGAGUGAACAAGGAUGUGGACAGCCUGGCCUUUGAGGAGCUGCCCCUCUACAAGGAGGAGCUGGAGGUGUACUUCUCACCAGGCCACUUUGCACAUGGGUCAGACAGGCGCAUGGUGAGUCUGGAGGACAUGUUCCGGAGGUUCCCUCGGACGCCCAUGAGUGUGGAGGUCAAAGGGGAAAACGAGAAGCUCAUUCACAAGAUAGCCAGCCUGGUGAGGCACUUUGACCGCAAUGAAAUCACCAUCUGGGCCUCAGAGAAGAGCUCAGUCAUGAAGAAGUGCAAGGCUGCCAACCCCGAGAUGCCGUUCUCCUUCACAAUAAGACGAGGAUUCUGGUUGUUACUGCUGUAUUACCUGGGGCUACUGCCCUUCAUCCCUAUCCCUGAGAAGUUCUUCAUCUGCUUCCUUCCCACCAUCAUCAACAGGACCUACUUCCCUUUCUCCAGCCCUGUGCUGAACCAGCUGGCAGCUGUGGUUUCUAAAUGGCUCAUCAUGAGGAAAAGUCUGAUCCAACACUUGGAGCAACGAGGAGUGCAGGUGAUAUUUUGGUGCCUUAAUGAAGAGUCUGAUUUUGAAGUGGCCUACAAUCUGGGAGCCACUGGCGUCAUGACCGAUUAUCCCACAGCCCUGAGGCGCUACCUGGACAACCGUGGGGCCCAGUGAGACCCUCGCCCUCCCUUCUGUUUCUCUUCCCCAAUAAAUGUUUUCUUUUCA